UAUAACUGAUGAAAUAUUUUUUUAGUCCAAUUUAUAGGAGAAUAUAAAUUUAUAUUUUUUAUAGUGACUGAAUAGUUAUAGGUAUUUAAAAUUUUAUAUAGUUAACAACAUGCAAUUAAUCGGUAUAUUAUUGUUAUUUGUAUCAACAAAUUUUGUAAUAUCACUCAAUGAAAAUGAGAUAAUACAUCGCCUUAAUGGAAUUUUAGCGCUUAAAAAACUAUGGAAAAAAUUUAUUAUAAUUAUGACAGUAAUAAAUUUUGAAACAUAUAGCAUCAAAGAUUUAUACGGCAACAUUGACAUUAACAAAUUUGAUCUGACACAAGCAAAAAUACCUGAAGAGUUGUUGUUAGUGGAAAAUCUCGCAGUCAACCAAAGUAAUUACAGACUUAAGUUAAAUAUUAUUUACGGGCUAAUCAAUUGUAAGUUUAUUGAAAUAGUAAAAAUAUGCAAUCGUUUAUUGUUUUUAAUAUUGGAUGAGUACAUAACUAAAAAAAUUGCUAUAAUGUCAGAAAAUAUUGAUUUGAAUAAUGAACCCAUAGAAAAAGACUACAACGCGUUUGAUGAAAAUGGUGAUUUUGCAAACAAAAAAAGUUAUAAAUUUCAUAAAUACCUUAAGAGUCUUGAUUUCAAUGGAACUAAAGAUAAUGAGGAAUGUAAAAAAAUUUAUGAAUUACUUUUUAAAAAAUCCGUUUGUAUUUCAGAUCUAGUUCAUUUCAUGAUACGUGUUAUUAUAAGUAUCGGAAAUUUAUAUAAUGAUGAAUAUUAUAAUACUAUAAAUGGGAAAAAUUGGCUGCAUUAUAUAUUAAUUCGAGUAAAUUAUCUUCAACAUUCUGCAAAAUGUCUAAUAAAAGUCAUUUUCAGCAAAAAAUAAUAGCUAAAUACGAAAUGCAAAAGUUUGAAUCAGGAAUCCAGGACUUUGUCGAAUUUCUUAGUAAUGCCAUAGAUUUAGUAGUAAAUAAAACUAAAACCAAUUUUACACCUUUAUUAUAGAGGUAUUAGCUGUUUUUUAUCGAAUCGUAAUUAUCUUAUAAAUCUUGUGACCAAUUAAAUAUUUUUUAAAUUUGUAAUUUUUAUGAGAUUAAUUUAUAAUGUAUAUAAAGAGUGUUCAGUAAAUAAGGAAACGGGUUUCUAUUGGUCAUUGUCUUUUUUCUCAUUGUUUGUAACAAUUGAUCUGUUUCAUUACUUACUGAACUGUAAAUAUAUAUAUUAAUAUAGUAAAUAAAUUGUAAAUAAAUAAUUAUUCACUAUUAAUUAAUAAAUUGUACGAUGCACUGAA